GGAGAUCAGUAUAUACUUCUGGUUGUCAAGUGUGAGGUGGUUAUCAAACGGACGAUUAAUCAACCAAGCUGGGAAAACCCAGGGAAACUCCCUACAGCCAGACUGGCCGGCAACAGUGAUGUCAUGAAUUUCAUUUUUACCGGCUCUGGUUUCAAUAGAGUGGAAUGGGGACCAGGCAGCGUGGGAAUCUGGUUGAGUCGUCUCAGGAACGGGACCAGUGGAAACUCCGCCCCU